UCCAUCAAUGGAGCGUAUAUAACACUUUACGGAUAUGCUUCCAAAGGUCCAAAACUUGACCGACAUAUGUCACGAAGCAUGCUGCAUUGCAGUCAUCUCUGCUUGAAAAACACAAGGUGUAUUUCGUUUAAUUAUCAAGUUUCUUUUCCUAGAAGUGGAUUGUGUGAACUAAGUGAAGAAGGCAUUUUGUCAAAAGAAAGAUGUGAAAUGCUAAGAAAGAUUCCUGGUUUCAUCUUUGUCCAAACAGAAAGGAAAGAUCUGGUGAGGUUUGAGUAAUUUAUAGCUUUUUGAUGCCUUGUAACUGCAAGUAUAAUUGUAUAUAUUUUUCUCGAGGGGAUCUAGGUUGAGAUAUUUUUAUGAGUGAAAUUCUUUUUUGAAAGAGACGGAUGUACUACUGGACCGCUAUCCUCUAUAUGUUACCGCCUUUUGUUUUGUCCUAUUAUUAGUUUAAGUUAUUCAACCUCCGCGCCCUCCCAUUUUCUACGAGCAAAAGCCCUGCCCAGGGAAUGUAAUUAUUUGUUACCUGGCAUCAUCAUCAGCAUCAUCAUCAUCAUCAUUAUUUGAUUUCAUCAUCGUACGUAGUUGUGGUAGUAUUCGGGUGGGCGGUAUAGUUAGUCCGACGUGCUUGUAGUAUAUACCGUACUUUGAAAUGUCGUAUUUAAGUUUAAAUCUAUGGACAAUGGUCAUCUGACAAACGUGUUGUCACUUAAAACGAGGUUUAAGUAACUUUUAAUUUAUAUCACAAAGUUCUAUUUCGGAUUAGGUUUAUUAACAUUAAUAUUAUAGAGAAUCAUACAGACUGUAUGGAAUAAUCUGGUCUUUCAUCAUAGAAAUAUUAAGUAAAUUUAAAAUUUAAAAAAUGAAAAUGAUUGUAGUUUGUCAGAAGAACCACGGAGAAAAAAAAAACAUUACAAAACAAACACAUCAACAAGAUAUUGACAAUAUUAGUGGAUUAUCCGUAAUAGUAUUUAUGUGUUUGAUCCUCGUUUAGAUAGCAAAGAGCUGCCUUGAAUACAUGCAUGCAGGAAGGAGGUAUUCUGGAAAUUACAACAUCUUCGAUUUGAAAGGGUUUUCCUACCCCGUCUACUGUGAUCUGACGUCCGAGCCUAAAGCAGCUUGGACACUCUUCAUGUCUGGGAGGACACCCAGUGCUGCAGGAACUGGCUUCUUUAGCAGUGUUCCCCUAUUUGUGGAUAAACCUACAAGCGAGCUCAAUCCAAACUGGAAUGCUUUCAGACUAUCGCUCUCCCACAUGAAGCAAUUGCGUUCCCGUUCAUCGCACUGGAGAAUUACAUGCAGCUUUCAGAAUGAUGGGCUCGUUCUUCAGGAUUACGUUCGUGCUAAGGUCGUUGAUUUUGACCCCAUAGACUUCAAAGGGAAAGGAAUUUGCAAGAAAGUCGAAUACAUAAACGUACGAGGGCACAAUUGUAGCGACUGCAAUACUGCUUGGUGGCAAGGUGACGAUGUGCCGCUGUCUCACGAUAGUUCAAAGGCACGCUGCGGGUUUGAUCCGAGUUCCGGAGCAGUGAAGUCUGAAGAUGACUUUGGACUCUACCAAUACACAAAUCCAACAUUUCGCUGCACACUGUCUGGUCGAGAAUCGACCACUAAUUACUGGUUCGGAUCAUAUUUGGAAUCAGUAUAA